AUUUGAAGUUAUAUUUACAGCUGUUUACAUUACAGUAAUUUAAAACCAAUGACACGUUGGAACUUAAAGAACUAGAGAAAUUUCUAGAACAAUAUUGAACAACAUUGCCGAUUUACUGUUGGUUAAUUAUUUUAACAAGUUGAAAGGUUAUGUGUGGGUGUCAAAAGUGACAACAUUCUUGCAUGAACCAAUAAAAAGUCACCACGCGUUUUAUUAUCGGAAUUAAAGAGAGUAAAGCGUUUUAAUUUAUUAUACUGGGUAUUAGGAAUUUAAAGUGGUGAGUCAAAAUGUUCAAGGAAAUCGUGAUUUUGUGUGCAGUUGUCGGCGUUUUGGCUUUGCCAAAGGAAGAGAAAAAAGACAGGAUUUAUGAAAGGGAAUUAAGUGAUAAGGAACAUUUUGAAAAUGAACAUCAUAAUCCUGAGUAUGAUCACGAGGCUUUCCUAGGUGCUGAUGCCAAAACUUUUGAUAGCUUACCCCCUGAAGAAAGUAAACGAAGGCUAGGGCUGAUAGUAGAUAAAAUAGAUAAUAACAAAGAUGGUUUUGUAUCACGAGAAGAAUUAAAAGAUUGGAUAAGAUUCACUCAAAAAAGAUACAUUGCCGAAGAUGUAAACAGACAAUGGAAAAGUCAAAACCCUGAUGAUGCUGAUAAAGUGAAUUGGGAUACCUAUGAGGAAAUGGUUUAUGGAUUUUUAAAGAAUAUGGACCCUGUAGAAGCUGAAAAAGAACAUGAAAAUGGGUUUUCAUACAAAAAUAUGAUGAAAAGAGACAGAAGACGCUGGGCCAUUGCAGAUCAAGACCAAGAUGACGCUUUAACCAAAGAGGAGUUCUCAAAUUUCUUGCAUCCUGAAGAAUCCGAUCAUAUGAGAGAUGUGGUUGUCUUGGAAACUAUGGAAGACAUUGACAAGGACAAGGAUGGAAAAGUAUCUCUAAAAGAGUACAUUGGUGACAUGUACAGGACUGAAGAAGGGGAAGAGGAACCAGAGUGGGUAAAAGGUGAACGUGACCAGUUCAACACCUACCGUGAUAAAGACGGUGACGGUUUCAUGGACGAAGAAGAAGUAAAAAAUUGGAUUUUACCUCAAGAUUUCGAUCACGCUGAAGCCGAAGCUCGUCAUUUAAUCUACGAGGCUGAUAACGAUGCCGAUGAGCAGUUAACCAAAGAUGAAGUUUUAAACAAAUACGAUAUUUUUGUCGGUUCUCAAGCCACUGACUUUGGCGAAGCUCUUAAUAGACAUGAUGAGUUUUAAGCCUUAUAACCUAUAGGUUAAAUUUUUUUAGGCUAUAAUGUGCAAUUCGGUUUGGAUCCUAUAAAUAAUACUCUAAUGUUUUUUGGCAUUGUAAUGUUUUGAAUUUUUUCUAAUAAGUUUCUAUUAAGUCGUAAAAAUUGUAUAUAAUUUGUGCCAGUAAUUUCCUUAUAAAGCCAAACUAAGACUGCAUUAAAGCUAUUUGAUAUUGACAUACCUUAAGUUUUUAAACUAGUAUUUCAUGGAAUAUUUUCCCACUGCCAUUUCAUUUAGAUUUAAAUAUCCUGAUACCAAAAAAAUGAACUAAACUAGUUUUAAGAAUCUCUUCCUUAAUUUAGGCAAAUUUUUACUAUUUUUUAAACGAAUUAACAUUUUC